AUGACCAGCGUAAAUGGAAAUGCAAUUCUCUCCAGCAAGCCAGAUGUCCAAGAACCGCGAGCCCUCCCCGCGUCUUGGUAUCGGCAGGAUGAAAUGUAUCAGCUUGAGCGACGCGCCAUCUUCUCUAAGCGAUGGCUCCUUGCCACGCAUAAAUUACGCUUUACCAAGCCCGGAGACUUUCUCCGCUUUGAAGAGGCUGGUUAUGCUUUUGUGCUGUGCCUAGACAAGGACGGAGAGACCAUCAAUGGCUUUCACAACAUCUGCAGGCACAGAGCUUUCCCAAUCGUCACAGAAGAGGCGGGAAACGCCAAGAUCUUCUCUUGCAAAUACCAUGGCUGGUCGUACGGCAUAAACGGAAAACUUGCUAAGGCCCCGCGCUUCGACACCGUCCCAACGUUCAACAAGGAGAACCAUAGCCUCUUUCCUGUCCAUGUGCAUAUCGAUGCCAUUGGAUUCGUCUGGGUCAACUUGGAUGCGUCCCCGGAACCCGAAGUUAAAUGGACGGACGACUUUGAGGGAGUUGACUCGCAGGAACGAUUUAAAUACUUUGACUUCUCUCAAUAUCAAUUUGAUCACGUCUGGGGAAUGCAGGGCAACUAUAACUGGAAAACCCUUGCUGAUAAUUACAACGAAUGUUAUCAUUGCCAGGUUGCACACCCAGAUGUCAAAGCCAUAACAGACUUGACCUUUUACUACACCGUCUCCAAGCCAGGCUACAUUCAGCACUUUUCGCGGCCAAAGAAGGGAACGGAGCAAGACGAUAUCAAGAUCAGUAGCACCUACUAUUUCCCCAACUCCUGCAUGACUGUUUCGCCACAUUUCUUCUACAUGAUGCGAUGCGUACCAACAUCAGUCGGCACCUGCUCAAUGGAGUACGAAGUCUAUCGCCAUAAAGAUGCCACCGACGAAGAAUUUGAGAGGACCAACUCUUUCUUUAAGCGAGUUCUCGGGGAAGACAAGUAUUUAUGUGAUGCGGUGCAGAAGAACUUGGAAGCAGGUGUCUUCACUAAUGGAGAGCUGCAUCCCGACUUGGAGAGCGCGCCGAUCUUCUUCCAGAACACGGUUAGGCAGAUCGUGACUGAGCACCGUAAGAAGGAGCAAGAUUCGAAGGCGGAGAUAUGGCCAGCUCGUCGACAUGUAGCAAAUUCGGAGGUCACAAAGGGGGAUGAUGAGUUUUGUGAUGGAUUGGCUUGCAAGGCUGAUAAUGCUGACAUGGAGUGGUGA